AUGAAUGAUCGUAUAGUUUUGGUUGUGAUGCUGCAGUGGUUGAUAUCGGUUGUUCUUGAAAGUGUAAAUCCAAGUGAAGGAAAGUAUUGCAACAUUUUUCUUUCUUAUCUCAUAUUUGCUAUCCUCUAUUUUUUUGCAGAGGAUACGGCGUUUAAUGAUCCAUUGAGCGAUUACACGGGUGAUUUCGAUAUUGUACGAUUUUUGGACGAGAACAGUACCCCGAUUGAUAGCCCUGUGGCAGACACUACUCGGUUCAUCUCGCAACAGGUACAAGGUCAUCAUCAUCACCAUCACCACCAUCAGCAACAACAACAACAACAAUCGCAGCAACAUCAUUAUCAACAGCAACAACAGCAGCAGCAUCACGCAUCACUACCGCAAUCGCUUCAAAAUAUCACCACUGUUGCUAUUUCUGAAGCGGCCAAUAAAAUGAUGUAUCAGAAUCCAGCUAGGCUACCUGACAGUCCACCAAUCACGGAUAUCUCGGGCGCCGGUUCAUCAGGCUCACCGAGCUCUGCUUCAGAUUCUCCGUAUUCGCCAGAUAAUUACCAGAAUUAUCAGCUUAUUCAUGGCAGUCAGCAUAACGGCAAUGGUUUAAUUCUUGGUAUUCGACCUGAUUUAGCGACACAUAUGUUGGUACCACAAGAGCUUCUGCAGCAGAAUCAUCUCGGUGACCGUAUAUUGCAGCAUGUUUUGCCAUCACCACAAUCCGAUUUCAUUGCUAAUGGUGGUGGAUAUCCACCACAGUCAACACCUUCCGCACUACCUCAGGUUUCACCGCCAACGGUCAAUAUGAGGCCGGUUAAUAGUGGUUAUUUGGUCCAGAAUAAUGACUAUCAAAUGGAUCCCUAUAGUAAUGUGAUCAAUACCGCAACUAAUGAUGGUGAUGGUUCAAGCUCCCAGAGUGAUGGCCAAAUAAGCCGUAAACGUGUGCGAUCGGACCAGCAGCCACCACCACCACCACCGCAACAACAACAACAACAACAACAACAGCAGCAGCAGCAACAACAACAACAACAACAACAACAACAACAGCAGCAACAUAAUCCAGUAUCAACUAAUGUUAAAAGUGAGCCGCAGAAGGUAUUUUCGUUACCCAGUCAGCUUACAGUGAUUUCAUCACCUGUAACUACAUUAGAAGAUUUUGACGACAGUUUCCACCAGCAAGCAAUCAAAUUUACUGCAUUCAACGAGGAACAUUGGGCUACCUUGUACGAUAUCAACCAAAGACCAUUACAUCAAUUGGAAAUGCAUGUUGUAGCGGAUAAAGGAUUCAAUUACAGUACUAUGGAUAACUGCUUUGUAAAUCAGAAAAAAAAUCAUUUUCAGAUUUCUGUGCACAUCGAAGCAAUUGACAAUCAUCCACCAAAUUUCGUUAAAAUAGGUAACGAAUUGAAAAUGGUGAAAGAAUUUAAGCUAGCAUUUUGUGGUGUAAAAAGUGAAAUGCCAACAUCAGAGAUACAAAUCAAACAGUCUACAACGGAUAGGAGACCAGUACCACAUGAUCCUGUAUCGCUUGAAAUUCAUGAACGACGGAUGACAAAAGUAACCGUACCGAGGCUGCAUUUCUCCGAAACAACGAUGAAUAAUCAGCGAAAGAACGGUCGGCCAAAUCCGGAUCAAAAAUACUUCCUGCUUGUUGUUCGUUUGAUUGCAUGCACUGCUGAUGGGCAUGAUGCCACUGUUCAGGCUUAUCAAUCUGAGAAAGUAAUUGUUCGGGCUUCAAACCCAGGUCAGUUUGAGCCACCAGAUUCGGAUGCUACAUGGCAGAAGAAUGGUUCCACUUUAUAUUAUAAUAGUGGUUCAGUGGCAAUUGGUACUGAUCGAGCUGUUGCACCCUUGACUGUCGGUGGUGACAUCUAUUGCUCUGGAGUUGUUCAUCGUCCAUCCGAUCGUCGGAUGAAAGAACAAAUUCAUGAG